AUGGCAAUGGAAUGCAUCGCAACUCUCCCUCAUAGGUUCAACGAAAACAAAACCAAAGAGGAUCCUUCAAUCUUCGAUGCAAAUCUCCUGAAUCAGCUAUCAAACCACAUACCUCAACAGUUCAUAUGGCCCGACCACGAGAAACCUUCCACUGAUGUUCAACCUCUCCAAGCCCCUCUCAUAGACCUCGCCGGUUUCCUCUCCGGCGACUCCUUCUUGGUCUCGGAGGCUACUAGACUCGUCUCUGAGGCUUCAAAGAAACAUGGCUUCUUCCUAGUCACUAACCAUGGUGUAGAUGAGACGCUCUUGUCUCGUGCCUAUCUGCUUAUGGACUCUUUCUUUAAGGCUCCAGCUUGUGAGAAACAAAAGGCUCAGAGGACUUGGGGUGAGUCCUCUGGCUACGCUAGUAGCUUCGUUGGGAGAUUCUCCUCUAAGCUCCCCUGGAAGGAAACGCUGUCGUUUAAGUUCUCUCCCGAGGAGAAGUGUCAAUCCCAAACCGUCAAAGACUUUGUUUCUAAGAAAAUGGGAGAUGAGUACAAAGAUUUUGGAAAAGUCUAUCAAGAAUACUCCGAGGCCAUGAACAUUCUCUCGUUAAAGAUCAUGGAGCUUCUUGGAAUGAGUCUUGGAAUCGGGAGGAGACAUUUUAGAGACUUUUUCGAAGACAACGAGUCCAUACUACGGUUGAAUUAUUACCCACAAUGCAACCAACCGGAGCUUACAUUAGGGACAGGACCUCACUGCGACCCAACGUCUCUAACCAUACUUCAUCAAGAUCAAGUCGCUGGUCUUCAAGUUUACGUGGACAAUAAAUGGCAAUCUAUUCCUCCUAACCCUCAAACAUUCGUGGUGAACAUUGGCGACACAUUCAUGGCUCUAACGAAUGGAAUAUACAAGAGUUGUUUGCAUCGAGCGGUGGUGAACAGCGAUAGAGAAAGGAAGACAUUCGCAUACUUCCUAUGUCCGAAAGGAGACAAAAUGGUGAAGCCACCAGAAGAACUAGUAGGAGGAGUGAUGUCUGGUGAAAGAGAAUAUCCUGAUUUUACAUGGUCUAUGUUUCUUGAGUUCACACAGAAGCAUUAUAGAUCAGACAUGAACACUCUUGAAGAGUUCUCAAAUUGGCUUAAGAACAGAAGAAGUUUCUAA